AGGAAGAGAAGGAGGAGAAAGUGAAAGGGGAGUGAAGAGAGUGGAGGAGAAAUCCCUGUUUGAUGAGGGGAGGGAGAGAUGUGAUUGUUGGGUGUCGGAGAGGAGAGAGAGCGAUCAUAAUCAGAGACAAAGUCGGAGCCAGCGAGCGCUCCGAAAACACGUGGAAGCUCGGAGAAAAGUAAAAGUGUCGUCGGAGGAAAGUGACUUCGCACUUUGUUUUCUUUCUUUCCUUUUUUUCCUCCUUCAGCCUUCUCCUUUUCCUCCUCCUCCUCCUCCGCCCUGCAUUCCGCGGAGCAGCUGCGCUUUAAUGCCCCUACGCACCAGCGAAGGAGAGGACUCAGACAAGAGUGAGGAAGAAGAGGCAGAAGAGGAGGCGAAGAGGCCUGGACACCACCCGUCCCCGCUCCCUGGGACUCUGUCCACUCUCCCCUCCUGGCCCUGCAUGGACGGGGAUGGGGAGAGCCGGAUGCUGUUACCGCGGGGCUGAGCGCCUCGCUUCCCCGUCUGCGGCGCGCCGCUUCCGGCCGCUGCUGCUGCUGAUCGUCGGUCUCUGCUGCGGCGCUCACUUAGGUCAGUGUCAAGUGGCUACCCCCCAGUGUCGGAUCCAGAAGUGCACCACCGACUUUGUGUCCCUGACCUCCCACCUGACGCCCGCUGUGGAUGGCUUUGAUACCGAGUUCUGCAAGGCUCUUCGCGCGUACUCAGCCUGCACCCAAAGGACAGCCAAAGCCUGCCGGGGAAACCUGGUUUUCCAUUCUGCCCUCCUGGGCAUCUCAGACCUCAUGAGUCAGAGGAGCUGCUCCAGAGAUGGUCCAACUCCCUCAGCGCACCCCGAGAUUCUUCUGGAGCCCUGCAACUAUCACAGCCGCACCCAGCACACCCACACACACUCCCACUCCCACACCCACUCUCACGGCCAUGGUCACAGCCGCUCUCGGCCCGGGUACUUGUUCUGUGGGCUGUUUGGAGACCCGCAUCUGAGAACGUUUAAGGACAGCUUCCAGACCUGUAAGGUGGAGGGUGCGUGGCCUCUUAUUGAUAAUGACUAUCUGUCAGUUCAGGUCACUAAUGUUCCUGUGGUUCCUGGCUCCAGUGCAACUGCAACCAACAAGAUCACCAUCAUCUUCAAGCCUUAUGAGGGCUGCACAGACCAGAGGGUCUACCAGGCCGUCACAGACAGCCUCCCUGCUGCCUUUGACGAUGGAACGGUGAGCAGCGGAGACCCCAUCCACACCUCCUUCGGGGCUGACGGUGUGGCCGGGAAGGUCCGGGCUCUGUGGAUCUCUGAACGCAGCCCUGGGCGUCACGUGGAGCUGCAUGCCGGCUACAUUGGUGUGACUGUAAUCAUUCGCCAGCUCGGGCGCUACCUGACAUUGGCCGUGCGGAUCCCAGAGGAGCUGGCUCAGGCCUACGACGACACCCAGGACCUGCAGCUCUGCCUGAACGGCUGCCCCAGCAGCGAGCGCAUCGACCAGGCAGGACACCUCCCUUUGCCGCUUUCUCCACCUGCAUUCGGCCUGCAGCAACAGCAGCUGCACCGGCCCAGCUACGCUUCACAGACCCAAGCAUACCCCCAUGGUGCCACACAUGUUUUUGCCUUGGACGGGGCAAAGGAGCGCUGCAGCGAGCAGCUGGAAGUCCUGGACAUUUACUUCCACUCUUGUGUGUUUGAUCUCCUGACGACUGGAGAUGCUAACUUCACAUUAGCUGCACACAGCGCCCAGAAGGACAUGGAGAGCCUUCAUCCCCACCGGGACAGAUGGAGGAUAUACCCCCGCGGCUCUGCAGCCUCUUACUUCCACUCAGACUCUCAGCUUAUCAAAAAGCUCGCUCUGCUCCUGCUGUGUGCGCUGAGCAUUGUAUUCAUGUGAGAAUGGCAGUUCCUGUGAGCCUGAAUGCAUGUAGGCCCGAGUAUGUACACUACAAAAGGAGCUUAGAGAGGAUUUGGUGAGCUGAGCACUGAUACUGAGCACUGACACAGAAAAAAGCAGCACGGGGAAGCCUGGCAGUACUACCUGCACUUCACCUGGCAGAGUCCGAAUCAUCGAAUGCAACUGACAAUGAGAAAAACGUUUCUGUGUGGGUGAAUCAUCUGUAAAUAGUUAAUUUUUCUUCCUUAAGUGCACAGUGUGAUCGUGUAUAGACUGUUUUGUUUAUGUAAUUUUAUGUGACCUUUUUUUUUUAAAUACCUCAGUCAGAGGAGGUUUGUUUUUAACCAAAGCACUUUAUUUUAACAUUUUUUACACAAUGCCAGUCAGUGUUUGUUUUCUUUUUCACUGAGAACCAAUAACUAUUCAAGUAUUGGUUGUUUCUUUUUUGGUUUGAUUUUUUUUUCUUUUUUUGGCUCCUCUCAGAAUGAAUUGAAUUGAAGGAGCUGCCAAUGAUGCUAAAAUGAACCAUUCUUCCAGCAGCUGAUCUUGGUCAGUCGGCAUCUCAUCUAAAGUCAUUUAAUGUGAGCUUUUCUGUUGAAUGUAUUAGGUCUGUUGUUGCAGCAAAUACCAUCAGUACUACUUGUUUGUUAUUUGAUCCCAGCUGUGUAUGUGUGUGCUUGUGUGUGUGUUUUUUUUUGUUUAAUCGCACUACAUAAAACAGCUUGUACUUUCCUGUAAGUAAGAACUUACCUUUCAGAACUUUCUUGGAACUUGUCUAGCACUUUCCCAAAAACUUUCCAAGAACUCAAAGUGUACUUUCUGGAACUUAUUAAGUACCUAUCUUCAAAUUUCUUUUAGGAUUCCAAGGAUUUACCUGAUACUUUCCUGCAAUUUCCUCUUGCAAGUUUUUUUUCUGAAACUUACUUUUACAACUUAGCUAUAUUAUGAGGAGACUUAUUGGUGUUCUCCACAAAACAUCCAGAGUAAGUUUCAGAAAGCAGGCUAAGUGAUGCUCGGGGUACUUGAUAGAUUCCUGGAAAGGAACCAGUAAGAUUAUUAAUAGUUCCAGUAAAGGCCCUAUCAUGUACCAGAGAUUGACAUUUGUCACAGGAAAAUACAGACUGCAUUAUGGUGCACUGCACGUUUUUGUUAUGAUUUUUACCAAAGACAAAUGGCAUUUUAUAUGUACACAUGAAUCAUGACUCCCCACCAAACCAGCACCUUCAUCCCCUCUCUUUCUAAAACUUGGUAAACCAGUUUAUACAAGAUGCUUCAUAUUGGGAUAAAAGCAAAAUACUGGAGGUAUUUCAAGGAUCUUCAGAUCAUGAAAUGUGUCUGUGUAAGCACUGUGAUGUGCGAAUCAAUGCCUUGUAGAAUUUUCUGCCCCAUCGAAAAUUUAACAUUCUGUAUAUUUAUUCCCAGUUUGUUCAGUCUGCUUUAGUUUUAGCCAUUGUGUGAACUCCUUUCUUCAUGUGAGUGUCGGUUUGGUGAAGAGUGACUGGUCAGUGUUGAAAUACCUUAACUUAUUUAUGAACGUAGUGUCCUGUAGAGGAUGUUAAGCUCCAUAUUCUUGAUGUUGGAUAAUUAUUUAAAUAAAAUGUCAGAUGUGA